UUCUCGGUCAAAAAAGAAGCAUUUAGACCCUAUGUUUGCUUCUUUUUCAUUACAAUCUGUGCCUUCACUACUUCAAAUUAGUAUUUCAUCCAGAGAGUCAGUAACUGCAUCAUGGAGAUGAAUUUGAACUCUUGUUCCUAUGAAAAUCCUGCACAAGCUGAGGAUAGGGUAGAAGAAAUCAUGCACUUUGACGAGUCUCUCAAGGAGCUAAGGGCGCUGCGGUCUCAGCUUCACGACGCUGCAGAGUAUUGUGAAGCAACAUUCCUGAACAGCAAAGAGAGAAGCAUUGUGGUGGAAAAUACAAAGGACUACAUACGCAAGACAAUGGUCACUGUUGUUGAUCAUCUUGGAAAUGUCUCAGCUAAACUUGAUGGCCUUAUUUCUCAGACAAAUGCGUUUUCUGAAGCUGAGUCACGAGUCCAAUGCCUCAAACAAAGACUCCUCUCAUGCGAACAAUAUGCUCAUACAACUGGUCUUUCAAAAAUGCAAUUUUGCGACAACGUGAAAAGGUAUCAUAAACGUUAUCUAUCAUCACCACCUUCACUUGAGAGAUCAAACAAAGACAAAUUAAGAGAUUCUGAAAGUCAAAAUCCACCAAAGAGUGAAGAAAAACAUGUACCAGAGGCUCUUGUGGAUUUGCCACUUUUUAUGUAUACUUGCAAACCAUGCCCAGCUUCUAAAUUGAAGCAAACAACCGCUUCAAAUAAGGGGCAUCACAACUUGGCCACGGUGGUACCUGUUCAGGAUGGUUUAGAAGUCUUAACAAAAGUUCCAAAUUCCUCAUUUCAUUUCCAUAGUACCCAGAAGGUUGGACGCCACAGGAGAUCCUCGCAUGGUAGUGACCUCUUAUGGCGCAUGCGACGUUCUAGACGAAUCCAGUGAAAGACUUGACACCAUAUUCACCUGUUAGUUCCUUAAGGGAAAUGUUAUUCUUUUCUUUUUUUUGGUCCUUGUAAGUUGUAUCACAAACAUUUCCUGCUCUUCUUCACGUAUGACAAUGCAGUGUUAAUUAAAGUGUCUUAUGUAGUAAGCAAAUAUUUGUAUAAUUGUGGUGUGAUUCUGGAAUAGUGCGAUAUUUUAACUACAAAAUAGGGUAAAUAAAUAUCUUCAC